UUCGGCCGCAAGCGCUGCUCCUGUGACUGAGCCCUGCUGCUCCCCCCGCUCGGAAGAUACAGAUGUCAGAAGACAAGACAGACAAGGUAAAAAUCAAACCAGCAGAAAGUUUUGAACAUGAGAAGCAAAAUAUUUCUUGGCUGAAGAAAGAGAUGCACCUCUCACUGCUCCAGCCCUGGGGAGACACUGACAGCCGUACCAGCUCCCUGCCUCUCCUGGCACUCCCUGGGGUGACGCCGAGCAGCGAGGACCAUCCAGACAACCAGCUUACAAAUGAAAAACACACAGAUGAAAAGCCUAUGAAAGGUAUUGUUAUGAGUUCUGUCGCAGAAUUCAGCAUCACAGACGCUUCAUCAAAGGGCACCAAAAAUGAGAAAAAAUUGUCAGAUGCGAGCAGAUCAUCCAUUGCUUCCCUGGAGAAAUGCAGAGAAUUCACUUACAUUGAAGAUGACGCAUCAGUACAUCAGAGGGACAGUGACGAUGAAUGUGCAACUCUUAUCCUGGCCUGCUUGUUCUGCCAGUUUUGGGACUUUCUUGUAAUGCUGCCUGAUACCUGUGAACAUUGGCUGACAGAUACCUGUUGUCCAUCCAAUAGAUAUUACCAGACCUCUGACGAAGACCACGGCAACAACGACUGCAACUGUGACUGUGACAUUGAUUGCAGCCUUUUAGAGUCCUGCCAUGAGACUGGGGAAUGCCUGGAACUUGCCAUGGAAAUUUCUGAGGUCUGCUAUCGCUAAUAGGAAAACAAUUGACAAAAUUCCUCAAAACUACCUGAAAGUGAACUGACAGAUUACAAAGGAGAUUUUUUUUUUUUUUAAGAUAUUAAUAAUAACCAGAGAUUUUGCCAAUGAGGACUGUGAGCAUCUUGCUGCUCCCUCCCUGGAGGUCUGUAUAUCUGUACCACUCUGAUUGUGUGAUUUCACAAACUGCUGAAACCAAUAAAGGACAAAAAAGGGUCUUCUCCUUUGC